CACAAAAAUACUUGAAAAAUGUGAGAUGCUACAUCUCUUGUUACUCUCCCACAUAGCACAUAGACCCGUACCACAAGGAAGAAAAUAUUCAAGACUGGUCCUCCCUGCCGGCAGCCAACGUGUGACAGUCUAACAGUGGCAUCCGAACCGUGAAGACAGUGUGAAAGAACGUGCGUUGUCGUGACUGUUCAUGAAUCAACAACAACAAAAGUGAGAGCCGGUUUCUAAAAAUACUCAACCAAAGCACGGUGAACAUUCAAAGUGAGGAUGCCCCCAACCGUAAUUCGGAUGCCGAACGGCGCUGGAAAUGGGACCCGUGGCGGGUUGGGACACUUGAACCAGCAGCAGAACCGCGGAAUCCGGAUCGGUUGUUGUCGGGUUUGCACGUGCAUAAAUUUGGAGUUUUUCAUGUCGAAGAAUGGCAUCCUGAAGAUCUUCGAGAUCAUCCUGGGCUCGUUCUGCCAGACGUUGCUGAUCCAGUUUGGUAUGGACUCGGCCAAAGACAUCGGCGAGGCGUUUCACGGGUUUCUGACGACGGUUUCGGCCUGCCUAACGACGACCACGAUCCUGCUGCUGUGCUAUGCCAUCUCGGCCAGGACGUUCCACCUGGUGCGGCAGUCCAUUUUCGAGGUAAUGUACAACGGAAUAUCCUGCUUUCUGUACCUCAGUGCAGCUUCCUACAUGGGCUUCGCCGUCAACGUGUGGCUGUACCCGAAGUUCCUGCUGUUCAAAAAUACCGGUGGAAUCCAUAGUGCCUACCCGGCCAUGACAGCAGUUUAUUACAUGGGCACAAUCGUCGGAAUCGUGUACGGUUUGGAUGCAUUUGUGGCAUACCGGUAUUUGAAAGGGUUUACUUAAAACUUGCUGCAGCUUGUCUAGGAUAGUCAUAGUUACUAAAAGCAUAGCAAACGAUGUACUUAUUUAUUCAGCUCCAACGCCAAAAAAACAAAAGUGCAAUAUUAGCAGUAACCUAAGUGUGAUUGUAGAUUUAUGUAAAACAUAAGAGAUAAAAGGUA